GUGGAUCUCCACGGGACCAGAGUUGGGAGCCUGUGGUGUGUUCGCUGGGCCCUGCGGUGGCCGCGAUCGUAGGGUCCGGCGACAUCUGAAGGUCCAGUCCGCCUUUGCCCAGAGGGUGGCGGCCGGGAGUGAUGGCGCCCCUCGGGGAGAGGAGCGAUGACCCUGUGCUGCCGGACCCGCCCCAGGGGCCCCUGCACGUGGCCCGCGCCCGCGCUUCAUUCCCCUGGAAGGAGCUGGCGCUGUUCUGGGAGGGCGAAGACACGCUGCGCUUCAAGAAAGCCAUCUUCUCAGCUCUGGAGAACGACCCCCUCUUCGCCCAUCCCCGUGGCAGCCGGCUCUCGGUGGAGAAGUACCAGGAGCUGAACUUCCUGCGCUGUAAGAGGGUCUUCGAGUACGACUUCCUCCCCGUGGGGGACAUGCUGGGCAGCCUGCCGAGGGUCCUGGCACUGAUCGAAUGCCUGGGCAUGUACGACUGGUCCCUGGCCGCCAAGUUCUUCCUGCAUGUGCUGAGUUUUGGAUCGGCGAUUUACAGCUCUGGUUCCGAACGACACUUCAAGUACCUUCCAAAGAUCUUCAGUUUGGAGAUUUUUGGAUGUUUUGCUCUGACUGAAGUAAGUCAUGGGAGUAACACCAAGGCCAUACGCACGACCGCUCACUACGACCCCAGCACCCAGGAAUUCAUCAUCCAUUCCCCCGAUUUUGAAGCUGCCAAGUUCUGGGUUGGCAACAUGGGCAAGACCGCUACCCACGCAGUGGUGUAUGCUCAGCUGUACACGCCGGGGGGCCAGUGCCACGGGCUGCACCCCUUUGUCGUGCAGAUUCGGGACCCAAAGACCCUUCUUCCCAUGCCGGGGGUGAUGGUCGGCGACAUUGGGAAGAAGCUGGGGCAGAACGGCCUGGACAACGGGUUCGCCAUGUUCCACAAGGUCAGGAUUCCACGCCAGGACCUGCUGAACCGCUCAGGAGACGUCACCCCUGAGGGCGCCUACGUCACCCAUGUCAAGAAUGUGGGGCAGCGCUUCAGUGAGUCCCUGGGCAGCCUGUCGUCUGGCCGGGUGGCCAUCGUGGGCAUGUCUGUCGUGAACCUGAAGCUGGCCGUGUCCAUCGCUCUGCGUUUCUCGGCCACCAGGCGUCAGUUCGGGCCGACAGACAAGGAGGAGGUCCCGGUGCUGGAGUACCCGAUGCAGCAAUGGCGCUUAUUGCCAUACCUGGCUGCCGCCUACGCCUUGGACCACUUUUCCAAAUCACUCUUCCUGGAUCUGGGGGAGCUUCAGCGAGGCCUCCUGCGGAAAGACCGGAGUGUCAGGCAGGCAGAGCUGGGACGCGAGAUCCACGCCUUGUCGUCAGCUGGCAAGCCCCUGGCCUCGUGGACGGCCCAGCGGGGGAUCCAGGAGUGCCGCGAGGCAUGUGGAGGACACGGCUACCUGGCCAUGAACCGACUGGGCGACCUCAGAGACGACAACGACCCCAACUGCACGUACGAAGGCGACAACAACGUCCUGCUGCAGCAGACCAGCAGCUACCUGCUUGGCCUGCUGGCUCGCCGGGACCGAGGUGGUGCGCGCAUCGAGAGCCCCCUGAAGACCGUGGACUUUCUGGACGGCUAUGCAGACAUCCUUGGCAGGAGGUUCGAGGGCUCCAGCCCCGAGGACUUGUUGGACUCCUCAGUCCCGCUGGCGGCAUACGAGUGGCUGGUCUGCUACCUGCUCCGUGAGAGUCACCAGAAGCUCAGUCAAGAGACGCGCUCAGGGAAGAGCGACUUUGAAGCCAGAAACGACUGUCAGGUGUACCACUGCCGGCCCUUGGCCCUGGCGUUCCUGGAGCUCACAGUCGCGCGCAGGUUCCACGAGCACACGCACCAGCCCCGCGUGCCGCCCCCGCUGCGGGCCGUGCUCCGGCGGCUCAGCGCCCUCUACGCCCUCUGGUCCCUGAGCCAGCACACUGCCCUGCUCUACCGAGGCGGCUACUUCUCCGGUGAGCGUGCAGGUAAAUUGAUGGAGAGCGCCAUCCUGGCCCUGUGUGCACAGCUGAAAGAUGAUGCUGUUGCCCUGGUGGACGUCAUCGCCCCUCCGGACUUCAUCCUGGACUCACCGAUUGGCAGAGCAGACGGCGAGCUCUAUAAAAACCUCUGGACUGCCGUCCUCCAGGAAAGCAAAGUGCUGGAGCGGGCCUCGUGGUGGGCGGAAUUCGCGGUCCACAAGCCCGUCGUAGGAAGAUUGAAAGCAAAGCUGUAGCGGCACCGGCUAAAUCUGGCCAGGCCGUGACCACCUGGACCUCAGGUUCACUUCUGGAAGCCCCAGACCCGCAGUCCUACCUGGCUGCUUGUCCUGUUGAGUCCACGGCUGGAGCGGCUUAUCCUGGCCUGGCCCCGCCCCCCGCCCCAAGUCCCACCAGGAUGGGUAAUGUCCAAAGGGUAGGACUGAUUUGGGUCAUCCCCAUUUGCUGGGUGAAAAGGAUCAUGUCUUCCUGAGAGACUGAACACUUUUGGAUAAUUAGAGCUUUAGCAUAAUUCUAUUUUCACAUGCUGAUUAUGAAGCUGACUGCUUGUAAUUUGGGAUUUUUCUGGCCGGGUGAUCUUUUACCUUCGUCUGAGAUUUCUUCCAAGGCUUUGCUUCACUAAGCCCUGAACGAUGCCAGUCCGAUUCUUUGUUCACCCCAGUUUGACUUCCUCACGUCAUUAAAUCAUAUCGUAACUUGACUAAUUUGCACCGUGGACCACCCGAAUGGCAUAGUUGAAGAUUUUGAAGGAAAAUAAAAUCAGGUUUAUUACUAUCUUAUGUGGAACUAGAAGUUUCCAUCAAAGAAGUGUUUCCAAAGGAUAAAAAAUGCAUAAUGAUUUGAAGAUCUGGUCGUCCUUAUGUCCUGACCUCCCUGUCGUAUGCACGUUACGUUGUCACUUUUUUAUUUGAAUGAGUUUCUUUCUACAGGCAGUGGAGCUCCCAGGCUGCCUGGCCCCGUGGGGGCUUUGCCCCACGCUUCUGCACUCUGUCCACCCUCAGGCCCGAGCGCCCUGCGGACAGCGGGGACUGAUGGAGGAGGCUGAUGGCUAUCUCCACCCAUGAUUCCUUCGUCCCAGGUCAGGACGACGGCCGGUGGGUGGGCUCUGACUCUCCGCCCUGUCUCGUCCCCCGCUGCCCCCCAGCUUUCGAUCUCUCUAGGAGGUUCAGGACCUCUGUCAUCAGCAGCCCCGUGCCCUUCCCACCCUGCCGUGGUGCCCACGGAGCACACUAGUACUGAACAAAGGUGGCUCUUAUUUUCCAAAGGAGCCCAGAAAAACCUCUGAGCAUGUGAAGGGCCUGAGAAAGCAUUAUUUUUGAGGACCUUCCCUGGUGGUCCAGUGGUUAAGACUCCACCUUCCAAUGCUGAGCAGCAUGUACAAGUUCAACCCCUGGUCAGGGAGAUAAGAUCCCACAUGCCUCGUAGCCAAAAAACCAAAACAUAAAACGAAAGUCAUGUUGUGUUGAGGUUGGUGCAGCAGUAACUGGUUGUGCACUGUGGAGCUCAGCUGUUUGAUCCUGGAAGACGUCCUUAAAUAAGCGUGGUUACGCCGUGGUGGUCUUCAGUCGCUAAGUCACGUCUGACUCAUCGGAGCCGACUACACGGGACGGCGUCAGAGACCUCUCUGUCAAUGAGUCUAUGUCAGUGCCAACUCAGUGCCAUUCUGUGGUCAUGCGGCAUUUGAAGCGAACUGGAAAGGUGAGAAAGCUCAGUAAGUGGGUGCCUCAUGAGCUGACCCCAAAUUAAAAUAGUUUUUGAGGUGUUGUCUUCUCUUUUCUAUGCAACAACAAUGAACCGUUUCUCUACUGGAUUGUGAUAUGUGAUGAAAAGUGGAUAUUAUACAACCAGCUUAAGUGGUUGGGCCAAGAAGAAACCCCAAAGCACUUCCCUAACUAAACCAGACUCACACCUAAAAAGGUCACGGUCACUGUUUGGUGGUCUGAUGCCGGUCUGAUCCACUACAGCUUUCUGAAUCCUGGUGAAAACAUUACAUCUGAGAAGUACGCUUGGCAAAUCUAUGAAAAACUGGGGUGCCUGCAGCCGGCGUUGGUCAACAGAAAGGGCCUGAUCCUUCCCCACGACAACGCCUGACCGCGCAUCGCACAGCCAACGCUUCGAAAGCUGAACAAGUUGGGCUACGAGGUCUUGCCUCAUCUGCCAUAUUCACCUGGCCUCUCCCCAGCCCACUACCACUUCUUCAAGCGUCUCGACACCUUUUUGCAGGGAAAAUACUUUCACAACCAGCCGGAGGCAGAAAAUGCUUUCCAAGAGUUCAUCCAAUCCUGAAGCACGGAUUUUUAUGCUACAGGAAUUUAAAAACUUAUUUCUCAUUGGCAAAAAUAUGUUGAUUGUAAUGGUUCCCAUUAAUGAUUAAUUAAGACGUGUUUGAACCUAGUUAUGACUUAAAAUUCAUGGAUCAAAAUUGCAGCUACUUUUUCACCAAACUCCUUAACGAAUGUAAUAAAGACUUUAAAAAUA